CCUGGGAAGCGCUGAGGCCGUUUUGCCCAGGAGGCAUUGCUGAGAUUGCCCUCGCAGAGAUGGACUUGGAUAAACCAUCUGUCUGGGGAUCCCUGAAGCAGAAAACCAGACCCUUCCUGCAAAACCUGAGCGUGAGGAAGACGAAGAAGAGGUCUAGCAAAAUGGUGGAGAGGAAGGUCCACUCCUUGGACCGCCGCCUCAGCUUGUCGGUGCCAGACAUGCUGGAGGUGGAGACUCUCACGGAAGAAGAAACGACUUACUCGAGUACUCGAGUGCUGUCCAGCUGCUCCCCCAAGAGCUUCUCCAGGUCUGUGAUGUCCUUGAAAAGCAGAAGUGCUUCGGUCAGGCCAGCAGGAGAGGACUGGCCGUGGCCAUCGCAGCAGGCGACACACGCGGAGGUGACGGCGCCCAGCCCGGACACUCAAGUCAUGGGCAGCACGCUGGCUGAGGGAAAGAGGAGAUCCAGCGACGACCUCUUUGAGCUGCUGCAUAGCGCUCGGCUGAGCACCACCACCCUGACAGACGAGGGGGCAGAGUACCCAUGUGGGGAAAUGGACCUGGACUCUGCCAUAACAUCUCAGAUUUUUGAUGAUCAAAUGGCUCUAGAGGAAGCAAAUGAUUGCUUGAGUGAUCUGCCCAGCCCCUUUGCCUACCUGCUGACCAUCCACCUGAAGGAAGGCCGGAACCUGGUUAUCAGAGAUCGCUGCGGUACAAGUGACCCCUAUGUGAAGUUUAAGCUGAAUGGGAAAACUUUAUACAAAAGUAAAGUAGUCUACAAGAACCUCAACCCAGUUUGGGAUGAAACUGUUGUGCUGCCUGUACAGACCCUUGAUCAAAAGCUCUGGAUCAAGGUGUACGAUCGAGAUUUAACCUCUUCAGACUUCAUGGGUUCGGCGUUUGUAGCGCUCGCUGAGCUUGAGCUCAAUCGAACUACUGAACAGGUUUUAAAACUGGAAGAUCCCAACAGUUUGGAAGAUGACAUGGGAGUGAUUGUAUUAAAUUUGAGUCUGGCAGUCAAGCAAGGAGACUUCAAGAGAAAUAGAUGGUCAAGUCGGAAGAAGCGAAGUUCAUCCAAGUCGAGUUUCACGCGGAGCACGCGGCUCUCCGACUUGCUGCGCAAGAACCAGCUGUGGAAUGGGCUGGUCACCAUCACGCUUCUGGAGGGCAAGAACAUCCCUGGAGGAAAUUGGGCAGAGAUUUUUAUUCUCCUCAAACUGGGAGAUCAAAGAUACAGAAGUAAGACACUGUGUAAGAGUGCAAAUCCUCAGUGGAGGGAACAAUUUGAUUUUCACUACUUCUCUGACAGGAAGGAUAUGUUGGACAUUGAGGUGUGGAGAAAGGAUAACAAAAAACAUGAGGAGCUUUUGGGAACGUGCCAAGUUGACAUUACUGCCCUGCCAAUGAAGCAGACCAAUUGCUUAGAGCUGCCUCUGGAAAAACACCCAGGAUCCCUGCUAAUGCUGGUUGCUGUUGCCCCCUGUACAGGAGUGUCUAUCUCUGAUCUAUGUGUCUGCCCUUUGGGAGACCCCAGUGAACGGCAGCAGAUUUCACAGCGCUAUUGUCUAAGGAACUCCUUUCGGGACAUAAAGGACGUUGGCUUCUUACAAGUCAAAGUUUUAAAGGCAGUGGACCUGCUGGCAGCAGAUUUUGCAGGUAAAAGUGAUCCUUUCUGUGUGCUGGAGCUGGGAAACGACAGCCUUCAAACACACACCGUUUACAAGAACCUCAAUCCCGAGUGGAACAAAGUUUUCACAUUCCCUAUUAAAGACAUUCAUGAUGUUCUGGAAGUGACAGUGUUUGAUGAAGAUGGAGACAAGCCUCCUGAUUUUCUUGGAAAAGUUGCCAUCCCUUUGCUGUCUAUUAGAAAUGGUAAACAAAGUUGCUACACACUGAAGAAUAAAGACUUGGAACGUGCUUCAAAAGGAGUAAUUUACUUGGAGCUGGAUGUCCUAUUUAAUCCUAUAAAAGCAAGCAUCAGAACCUUCAAGCCCCGAGAGAAGCGCUUCACGGAGGACAACCGGAAAUUUUCUAAGAAGAUCUUAUCAAGAAAUGUUGAUCGUGUGAAAAAAAUCACCAUGGCAAUAUGGAAUACAAUACAGUUCCUCCGGAGCUGCUUUCUCUGGGAGUCCACAGUGAAGAGCAUGAUAGCAUUUGUGGUAUUCGUGGUCACUGUCUGGAGUGUGGAACUGUACAUGGUGCCCCUGGCUUUGCUGGUGCUCUUUGCAUACAACUUCUCCCUUGUCACCACAGGGAAGGUCAACAGCACCCAAGAUGCCCAGGAGCUCAUGGGCUUGGAUGAAGAUGAGGAUGACGAUGAUAAGGAAUCUGAGAAAAAGGGGUUAAUUGACAGAAUCCACAUGGUCCAGGAGAUCAUCAUAGCUGUUCAAACCAUCUUAGAAGAAACAGCAUCAUUUGGAGAGAGGAUUAAAAACACAUUCAACUGGACGGUGCCUUUCCUCUCUGUCCUGGCCUGUCUGGUCCUGGUAGCAGCAACAGUCAUUUUGUAUUUUAUACCACUGAGGUACAUUGUUUUAAUCUGGGGCAUAAAUAAAUUCACUAAGAAGCUUAGAAAUCCCUAUGCCAUCGACAAUAAUGAGCUACUAGAUUUCCUCUCCAGGGUACCAUCUGAUGUUCAAAAGGUGCAGCACACUGAAUUGAAACCAUACAGCGGCUCCAGCCCCAUUAGGAGGAAGCGGAGCGCCCUAUAGGAUGCAGCAGGAUUUUGGCAUGCAGCAUCUCCCUCCAUACCCCCUACACGUGCACAUCAGCUUCUGCCCUCCCCUUCUUGCUUCAGAACAACACUAUAGUUACUGCCACAGACUUUUUCAUCUUGAAGAGUCAGUGGGGUUUUUGAUAAAUGCCUAUCUUGGGUUGUCCUUUUGGGGAUGUCCUUUUGGGGAUGUCCUUUUUGGGUUGUCUUUCGCCACAGAGUUGUAACCCAAAAGAAAAAAAGAGCAAGGUGGGAUGUAUGAGCUCAGUUUAUGGGGUGAGGAGGAGAAUGGGAGAGGGUGGUGCAGCUGCACCUUUUUCCUUCCCUUCGAUUGCAGAGGCCAGGCUGGAUGUGGCAGCGCUCCCUGUUUUAUGUAGGAAGAGAUAAUUCCGCUUAGUGUAGCAGAUCAGCUGAGCUGAUGUGAAGAGAUGCUCUGAACCAGUUUUUAACAUAUCCAACAGAUUUACAUUAAGAUAUGAGAGCUAUUCUUUUCUGAGUUAAAUCACUGUGCCUGGGAAGGUUUAAGCUCUGAAUUAACGAGGCUUUGAUACCCAUCUUCUGUUCAAGCAGUGUACAUUUGAAAAAGUUUUUUAUCAUAAUUAGCAGAAAGAGCUGGGAGCUCCAACAGUAUCUCAGUAUUUCAUCCAGCACUUGUGAAUUUCUCUUUUUCCUUUUAUUUUUUUUAUUCUUUUCCCUUCCCCUUCCUUUUUGAAAGCCC